GCACAGUGUUUGUUUUGUUAUCAGCUGUACGCAAAAUGCGUGCACGUCGCCCCAACUUCAACUCCGCCAACCCUAAUUCGUAUUCACGUUCUUUUGAUACUCGGUUUUUGCAUUUUAGUUUACGCAGUGGUUAUGCCAUGACAUUUCUCCAACCCAUUCAUUCUAAUAGUCCUUCGUUGAACGAGUCGACAAACUAAAUCAUAUAAAUUUGAUCUCUUGAAAGUCUCAAGGCAAAGACAAAAGAAAAUGGCAGUGGGUCCAUCCAAACUUCCCGACAUCACCCCAGAACAGACCCCGUUCGCCAAGAACAUGUCGCAGUUCGCCAGAUUUUGGUUGUCUGAAAAAGGACGAUUCGCCAUGUCAGGUGUCGCGGUCGCCGCAGCAUGUGGGUACUUUGGGGGCUAUGUAGCUCUCCAUGUCUGGUUUCUUCCAAACUAUCGGAAUGCCGUACAGCUCUACAAGAAUGGAUUCAUGACGCCACCUACGGCAGACGUGUUUGAGAGGGCUAAAACAGCUCUUGAAGAUGUAAAACUGCCAGAAAAACAGAAACAAUCUGUUAAUUUUUUCUCAGUAUAUGGCAUGGAUAUGUUUUUCGCUGGUUCCACAAAAACAACCGGUGGUGUGGCAAUUGGGAUUCCUCGCAACUAUUCAUAUAAAACACAGGCAGACCUUGAAAGAAAUGACAUCAUUGUCGAUGGAAAUAAUGUGGAGUGGGGUUCGGACGGUGGUCAAUUGUUACAAGAGGCUCUAGUAUUGAGCGAAAAUGCUCAAAAAUUUGGAAUUGCAAGAGAUAUCUGCAUGUCCGAUACGCACUAUGUCUAUUCUCGCGGUAUAAUGGGGUCCUCUUCGAUAAUGUUAUAUUUCUUUUUAUCUCGUAAUGCCAACGAUAUGUUGUACGGAUUAUAUAAACCUAGAUCAUUCAGAACAGUUGUAUAUUCCGGGCUUAGUCUUUUCUGCUUUGGAAUUUGGGCUGUUUCUAGUGAUCUUUUGACUAAAUUUUAUGAAAAUUAUGCUGACAAACGAGCUGGAAGCCUUAAUUUGUCUUAUGCCAAAGGAGGGGUAGAAUUUUACUCUAGAACUCUUCAGCGAAAUAUGGCAUUGAGAUCAAUCAUGGGACCGCCCGGUGAAAAGCGAUUCACAUUUUUCGGGAAUGAUGUGGAAUUCAUCCGAGAACGUCAUGUGCCUUUCACCAGAAGAAAGCACAACAUGGAAAAAAUUGCUGAACGCUUAUCCCAAGCUAGUACUAUGAAUAAUUCUUCCCCAGUAGAUAAUUUACAAAGAGAUUCUCACCUUUUGAAGUCAUAAAAAUGUUACUAUAUAAAAAUGUCCAGUAGUAUUUAUAGAAAAAUAUUUUGACUGAAUUAUGUGCUUUUACUUAUAAAACACUAAUAAUCACAACGUGUUUAAUGGUAGAAUCAACCAAAUAAAUUAUUCAUAGAGCCUUUA